AUGAUCGAGGACGGCCUGGCUCAGAGCCGCCCAGAAAUUGACCGAACUCCUUUUCCUCGGAAUUAUCGGUUGCCAGAAUUCAUUCUAUUCUCCGGGGAUGGGCAGACCUCCUCCAUUGAACACAUAGGCCGCUUCACGGCCCAGAGGCUCCGUUUAUUCGUUCACUCUCUGACCGGCGCGGCGUUCUCGUGGUUCAUAAACCUUCCACCGAAUUCAGUGAGGGAUUGGUCUGACAUGGAAAGGAUAUUCCAGGAACAUUUCUAUCAGACCAACCGAGAAAUAAGGUCGCCGAGCUGGCAAGGAUGA